AUGGAUUCAAAGUUCUUGCCACCCAUACUGACUUCUCCAUGCCUGAAAGUGAAGCCAAUAUCCAAGAUACAAUCAGAAGGAUACAACCUGGUGGGAGCGAUGACCUAUGCUCGAAGUCUCUGGCACACGUGGUUUGAUCGCGAUCUUUCAGUGGCUGGAGAAGUCGUUUGCAGGGUGGGCGAUGAGCUGGUUCGUCGUCUCAUCGAUUUGAUGCAGCCUGUGCUGUACCUUCCAAGUUUGUCAGUUCAUUUAAUGGACAGCAAUCCCGUCUGUUACAACGAGGAAGACGACUUUCGACUUCUUUUCGAAAAAAUCGGUGGAAUUCGCAAAGAGUUCUUAACGGGUGGUCGUCUGGACGAUCUUGUUGGGACCUACACUGCAAUUCAAGCCCUCAUCAAAUCGUGUGAAAACGAAAGAUGUUUGGAAAGCGAGAAAGGCGUGCGAAUUGUGGCCUGUUUUGACAGUGAAAACGUAAGUAGCGCCCGGACCCUGAAGGAACCUGGAAGAGUUCCAAAGAAAGCUGUUCAGACUGGCUCGACAACAGAAAUGGGCGCAAAGUCAGCGUUCUUUGAACACAUUCUGAGACGAGUAUCGACUGAUUCUGAUCCAGUAGCCUUUGAACGAGCUUGUGGUCGUAGCAUGUUGGUAACUGUGAAUCAGUUCGAUGCCACACAUCCGAACUAUCCCGAUAAGUCAGAGGGAACCGCAGGAGCUGGAGAAAACGAUCCUCGAAGCAUAAUGCAUCAGCAUCACUUGGAUUUCUUGAAAUUGAUUGCUCGAGCUGCUGACACUACACCAGAGGAAAUCGUCGACAUGGACCUCUACGUCUACGACACCACUAAAACCAUGAAAGGACAGCGUUAG